AGUCUCAACUCAAACUCUCUGUCUCAGGUUCUUCAUCGUGUCUCUCCUUUUAUCUCUCAAACUCUUCCAAAAUCAGUAAAAGCUCUAACCUUUUAAGCAUUGGGUUCGAAGUUUGAUCACAAUAAAAGUGGACAAUGGAAGGGUUAAGGACCCUGUUUUUAGGUGUUGUUGUUGGGCUCUUUCUGCUUGGAAACUCGUUUUCUUAUGGAGAAAGGACAAUAUGUGCCACAUAUUAUCAAAAGGGUGGUGCUCCUGCUGUUCUUGAAAAUCCAGAGUGUUCUAGCUGGGUUCUUUCCAAUAAUUUCUACCGAAACCACACAGUCAACUGUCUGUUGGCAGGAUUCACCAAUUUCGAAGAUGGCAAGAAGCAUUUCAAAGAAAGAUUUUUUUGUGAUCUUGAUUUGCAGAUUCCAUUUCUAGGUGAAAAUGGGUCUAUUGAAGAUGUUAAAGUUGGUAUGGUCGCAGUAUUUGACCAUAAUGGUGUGGAGGACUCUGCUAAGAUGGCUACAAAUCUUCUAAAAAAUUACUUUUUAGUUCACACAUACUUUCUUCGUGAUGAGACGUAUGCAUUUAACAAAUUGAUGGGACCGUUAUCUUACAAGGAGGACCAUGAUAUGGUAUUUCCAGAGCUAAACCAAGUUAAUGAAGUAGACCAAUUUAUUAGAAGGGCUUUGGAUUGCAGUUCUUUGUGGAUGUUACCAAAAGGAGUUGAUGGAACAAUAAAUGAAAAAAUUUUGAAGGAAGCAUUGUCGAGGACCAUCCAUGAUAUUGAUUUAACUUUGUCCGAGGUUGCUUCUAAACAAAAUCAUGUUCCUGGAUGCGUUGCCACUGUUGUUCUUAUGAUAGAAGGGCAAAUAUUAGUUGCCAAUGGUUGCAACUCAAAGGCCUUUUUGUGUAAUUGGCACUAUGUGGAGGAUGAAGAUGUAUGGAUUGAUCUGUCUGCUAAAUUGGCAAGAAGGCAUCAUUCAAGAAGUCUCAGUGAAAGAACUGAAGAUGGAACUGCUUGUGUAUUCGUAGGAAGGUAUGGCAAUUUGGCACCUAAGGUGACCGAUUGGAAACCUUUAAGUGCUGUCAACAGUCAUUUGGUGCUUGCAUCUGAUGAAAUAUUUAAAACCCUAAAUGAACCUGAUAUCUGUGCUCUAUUACAUCAAAAACGUUAUAAAAGCUAUUGGACGUUGACCCCAAUUCCAUGUUAUUUUAUGACACCAAGUGAUGCUGAUUGCAUAGUACAUACUGCAUUUCUUAAAGCCAGCAAAGAAGGGGGUAUUCCAUGUGAUAAUAGUAGGAGCGGUUAUAACUUGUCAGUUGCUGUGGUUCGUCUGAGAUCUGCUGGGGGCUUUAUCAUACAUUAAAUUAUGGAUUCCUUUACAUGUUAUUUUGCUUAACUUAGAGCUUGUUUAGCUUAGCUUAUUAUUUGGGUUAUAUAGCCUAUUUUGUUUAGUGGAU